CUUGGACAAGUUUCUCGAUUUCUCUGAGCCUGCUUCCUGAUAUAAAAUGAGAACAAUAUCCAUUUUAUGGCUUUUUUGCAUUAAUUAAGGAAGGUAACAAUUACCUGAAGCAUCUUUAAUGCAGCACCUCUCAACAAGUGGUACCCACAAUUGUUUUUAUUUUGUAAAAGAGGAAACUGAGAAUUAUUUGUAGGUGUGGAGCUGGAUCCCAGAUCUGUCUGAUUCUUAGGCCAGCGUUCUUUAUUGAUUACAACAUAAGAUAAGUAAAUUGUCUUUGAUAAAGGGGAUUAGGGCGAAAAAAUACUUAAUUUCUCCAUGCCCUGCAGUGACCUGUAGAUUCUUUAUCGUUCACUAUUUAGCUAUACUGUUACUUUUUUUUUGCUUUUUAGCAAUUUGGAGCAUGGAAAGUAUAGUCAAAAUACCUUCACACUUGUUCAGUAACCUCCCAGCCUGUCCUCAGGGUCCCACAGCAGAAGCUCACCUAAUUCAACCUUCACCAGCGCACAAAACGCACCAGCGGUGCCCCGCCCAGAUGUUUAUAUUUUCCUCCCUCGGCCACGCCCCGCGACCACGCGGGGCUCCGGCCACGCCCCCAAGCUGGAGUUCCAGGAACAGACUUGCCUAGCACCUCAGCCUGCCCACAGGGAUUCCCUUUCCAGCCAAUCGCGCGUGAGCAACGGGAUUGCCCCAAACAAAUAUGGCGGGCGAGGCCUCGGUGAGGGCAGACUGAUUUAACACCCAAACCCGGCGGCCAGCGAAGACAGUGGUAGCGACGGGGCCCCGAGCAUGGAGGGCGGCAGCGCGGGCAGCGGUGGCAGCGACAGCAGCCCCAGCGGGAGUGGCGGGGCGCAGCAAAGGGAGCUGGAGCGCAUGGCUGAGGUCCUGGUCACUGGGGAGCAACUACGGCUCAGGUUGCAUGAGGAAAAGGUUAUUAAAGAUAGGCGACAUCAUCUCAAAACCUACCCAAACUGCUUCGUCGCCAAAGAACUGAUUGACUGGCUGAUUGAGCACAAAGAGGCUUCUGACCGAGAGACAGCAAUUAAACUCAUGCAGAAAUUAGCAGACCGGGGCAUCAUUCAUCAUGUGUGUGAUGAGCACAAGGAAUUCAAGGAUGUCAAACUCUUUUACCGCUUUAGAAAGGAUGACGGCACCUUCCCAUUGGACAACGAAGUGAAGGCCUUCAUGAGAGGACAGAGGCUAUAUGAGAAGCUGAUGAGCCCUGAACACACACUCCUGCAGCCCCGGGAAGAGGAGGGGGUCAAGUAUGAGCGCACCUUCAUGGCAUCUGAAUUCCUGGAUUGGCUGGUUCAGGAAGGUGAGGCCACCACAAGGAAAGAGGCAGAGCAACUGUGCCACCGGCUUAUGGAGUAUGGCAUCAUACAGCAUGUGUCCAACAAGCACCCAUUCGUGGACAGCAAUCUUCUCUACCAGUUCAGAAUGAACUUCCGGCGGAGGCGAAGACUCAUGGAGCUGCUCAAUGAAAAAUCCCCUUCCCAGGAAAUGCAUGACAGUCCCUUCUGCCUGAGGAAGCAGAGCCACGACAACCGGAAAUCUACCAGUUUUAUGUCAGUCAGCCCCAGCAAGGAGAUCAAGAUCGUGUCUGCCGUGAGGAGGAGCAGCAUGAGCAGCUGUGGCAGCAGUGGCUACUUCAGCAGCAGCCCCACCCUCAGCAGCAGCCCCCCUGUGCUCUGCAACCCCAAAUCUGUGUUAAAGAGGCCCGUCACUUCUGAGGAACUCCUGACUCCCGGAGCACCGUAUGCCAGGAAGACUUUCACAAUUGUUGGUGACGCUGUUGGCUGGGGCUUUGUGGUGCGAGGAAGCAAGCCAUGCCACAUCCAGGCCGUGGACCCCAGUGGCCCUGCGGCCGCCGCGGGAAUGAAGGAAAGUUUUCAGAUGUGGACCACCGGUAUGCGGGAAGGACAGGCCUCAGACUAAAGAGACUGGGUGCCAUUCCCCCGUUAACACUGUCAGACCUUUCCAGACCCUAAGGAGAGCUCUUUGCCUGGUUUGGAUGGAGCCCUUUGUC